AUGUUCACAUCUUCGUAUCGAAAAGAGUACUACGAAAAGAAUAAGGACCGGAUCGCCCUACACCAGCAAAAGUACCAUCGCAAGCACCGCGACCACGUGCUUUUGCGAAGGAAGGCCUAUAAGGCUCGGAACCAAGUCAGUAUUUCCGCCCAACACAAAGAGUACCAGCAGCGAAAUCGGGACAAAAUCAACGCCUACCAGCGGGACCGCCGCCAACGCCUCAAGGCAGCGCGAGCAGCCACCCACGAUGAAAUUGGCUUCAACAACACGACGCAAUGUCUUUCCGAAGGUAUGGAAAUAUCCUCUGUCGACGAUGACACAACCGAAACCCGACCGCUCGACAAGAUGCACCUGACCUUCCUGCUGCAUCGCGACUGA